UCAAGUUGCCCAAUUUACUACUAUCUAAUUAUUCAAAAUGGGGAAGCUGGUUGUCAUAUCACUUUUUGCUGCUGCUUUAUCAGCAUUUGUUGGAGAGAGAGUUAUUAACUUAAGGAAAAGGACUCUUGCUUCCAGAAAGCUUGUCCAAACCCACCUCCCAAACUGCCAUCCAAUCAAAAGCCUUGAGUACGGAUCAGAGGACCUCACAAUACUUCCCAAUGGACUUGCUAUUAUUAGCACUGGCUUGAAGGAUCCUUUAUUGCCAUCCUAUUCAGAUGCCCCUGGAAAGAUGUAUACCCUUGAUAUGAGUGAAGAUUCUAGGAUGAAACCAGUGGCUCGCAUGGGGAGAGGCUUUGACCUGGACUCCUUCAAUCCACAUGGAAUCAGUGUAUACACAGAUGAGACGGAUAACUCAGUAUACCUGUUUGUGGUCAAUCACCCUCAACAAAAAACCCAAGUGGAGAUCUUUCUGUUUGUUGAGGAGGACCACGCCCUUGUCUAUGUGAAAACCAUAAAGCAUGAAUUCCUUCACAGUGUGAAUGACAUUGUGGCUGUGGGAGUGGAGAUCUAUGCCACCAACGAUCGCUAUUUCAGUGGAGGCACUCUGAAUACUCUGGAGGUACUUCUGGCUCAGCCCUGGUCCGUUGUGUAUUACAGCCCUGAAGAGGUCAAAGUAGUGGCUGAGGGAUUUUACAUGGCCAAUGGCAUCAACAUCUCACCUGACAAAAGGCACAUAUAUGUGGCAGACUUAUUUGACCACAACAUACAUGUGUUGGAGCGACUGGAAAGCAAUGGUUUGGCCCCAGUGAAGUCGUGUGGAAGUGGCUCUCUUGUUGACAACAUUAAUGUUGACCCUGAGACUGGCGACUUGUGGAGUUGUCACCCUAAUGGCUGGAAACUAUUUCAAAAUGAUCCUGAGGAUCUUCCUGGAUCUGAGGUGAUUCAGAUUAAAGACAUCCACUCUGAGAAGCCAGUGGUGACCCAGGUCUAUGCUGAUGACGGCAGUGUGCUCAUAGGAUCCUCUGUAGCAGCUCCCUAUGGAGGAAAGCUUCUCAUUGGAACAAUCUACCAGAAAGCCUUGGUCUGUGAUCUAGCCAAGGAUAGACCAGUAGCCAAUGCUCUAUGUAGAAAACAGGCAUCCGACGUGGUUGUGUGUCGGAAGAGUGCAAUUGUGUAA